AGAGCUCAUUGGUCAUUUCAAUGAAGAAAAACACGCUAAGAAUUAAAACCGUGGAAUCUUCAAAAAUAGACCACAAAGUAUUGCUUUGUAAGGCGAGUGCAGACAUAAUUUCAGAGCGAAGUAGAAAAAAAUAUGUUCAG